AUAAACAUCAAAAUGCGUUCUUGCGGGCCGAGUUUAAUUAAAUAUGUUCUAUUCGCCUUUAAUGUUCUCUUUGCGAUCUCCGGCCUGGGAAUUCUUAUAGCUGGUGCUGUGGUCCUAGCCGAUGUAAAUGAGUUCAAUCACUUUGUGGAAGGUCGAGUCCUAGCGCCACCGAUUGUCCUUAUAGUCACAGGUCUGAUUAUAUUCCUAAUUGCCUCGCUGGGAUGCUUUGGAGCGAUCAAGGAGUCGCCAACGCUCCUUGUAACGUUCGCUGUCCUUCUGGCCGUUAUCUUCAUUGUCGAAUUGGCGGUGGGCAUUGCGGCCAGUGUUUUCAAGAAGGAUCUGGAGGGUAUGGUGAAGAACUCGCUGCAGGAGUCGAUCAAGCGUUCGACCAGCGAGGAUACCAUGGCCUGGGACAACAUCCAGCAGAAGCUAAUGUGCUGUGGCGUGGACACUCCGGCGGAUUGGAGGGUCAGUGCGAACAAAACUCUGCCGGCGAGCUGUUGUCAGCCGCAGUUCAUCGACACCACCGAGAUGCAUUGCCGGAACUCAACGGCUCUGGGCAGGGACAAGUACUUCCAGGAUGGCUGCGUCGGCAAGCUGAAGACUCGGAUCGAGAAGAACGCCGUUAUCCUGAUCGGUGUGGGCAUCGGCAUUGCCUUUAUACAGAUUUUGGGCAUCGUUCUGGCCUGCUAUCUGGCGAACUCCAUUCGAACGGAGAGGGCCAAGUAAUAGACCCAUCGGAAUAUCUAUAAUACCUAUAUAUUUAAUUGAUAAUGGUUUUUAAUUUUAUGUAGUUCAAAUUUCUUUACUGUUGAAUCCUGCUCAAUUUACGAA